CGUCGCUGUGCACAGUCUCCAGUCCUCAGCUAAUGAGUCUUUGUGUGUUUGGAGCGAAUGAGAGCGAGUCUUCGGUCUGUUUUAGACAGCAGUGGAGACCGGGAGUGCACCUCUGCUUUACCUCUCUCGCCCCGGUCUCCUCUGUCGUUCGAGUGAAAUGGAGGGCCAUCUUUCAGCACAUCUCAUCUGGCUCUGAAAGGCUCCUCUGAGAGAAGUGUCGUGGGGAGAGGGAGGAGAGUAACACGCCGGUGGACGCAGCCAUGAGUGGGAUUCUGAAGAGAAAGUUUGAGGAGGUGGAGGGAGCGUCGCCCUGCUCUUCCCUGAGGGAGUCGGAGGAGGAGGAGAUAUCGAGCACUGAGAGCGGAGACAGCAGCGACAGCGUCAACCCAUCGGCCUCGCACUUCACACAUUCUUCAUCAGCAGCAGCAUCAUCCUCAUCAUCAACACACAUGCUGCAGCGGACAGCAUCCUCGAUACUGAAGCGAGAGAAGCGGAUGAGGACGAGGAGGGUGCACUUUGAGAAGGUGACGGUGUAUUACUUCAGCCGGCGGCAGGGAUUCACCAGCGUGCCCAGUCAGGGUGGCAGUACACUGGGCAUGUCCAGCAGGCACAGCUGCGUGCGCCAGUACACACUGGGAGAGUUCGCCAUGGAGCAGGAGAGGAUCCACAGAGACAUGCUCCGAGACCACUUAAAAGAGGAAAAACUCAACUCCAUCCGGCUGCGGUUGACGAAGAACGGCGCGGUGGAGUCCGACGAGGCCAACGCUCUCACGCUGGACGACAUCUCUGACGAUGACCUGGACAUUGAUAACACAGAGGUGGACGAAUACUUCUUCCUUCAGCCUCUGACCACUAAGAAGCGACGCACUCUUCUGCGCUCAUCCGGCGUGAAGAAGCUGGACGUGGAGGAGAAACACGAGCUUCGAGCCAUCAGGGUGUCCAGGGAAGACUGUGGCUGUGACUGCAGACUCUUCUGUGACCCCGAGACCUGUACAUGCAGCCUCGCCGGCAUCAAGUGUCAGGUGGACCGUAUGUCAUUCCCGUGUGGCUGCACAAAAGAGGGCUGCAGCAACGCAGCCGGCAGGAUCGAGUUUAACCCCAUCCGAGUGCGGACUCACUUUCUGCACACCAUCAUGAAGCUGGAGCUGGAGAAGAGUCGUGAGCAGCAGCAGAAUCCCGGAUCCGUCUCGACGGUCGGCAACGGAUUCCACAACGACCCAAACGGUCACUGCAGCCCGAUGGCGACGGGCCAGCAUUCACUGGAAUACGCGAUCCCGGAGACAGUCCCGCAGACCACCAUCAUGCAUCUGCAGGCUGGCGACGACAUAGACGAGGCCUUGGAAGACGAGGAGGAGGAGGAGGAGGAGGAAGACGAGGAGGACGAAGAGGAGGACGAAGAAGAUGAUGAAGAUGAGGAGAACGAAGAUGACGAGGAUGAGAGCAGCAGUCUGUGCAGUCUGUCUGACUCCAGCACACAGAGCUUGGCCAAUAGCGACUCUGAGGAGGAAGACGACGACGAGGACGAAGACAAGACGGAGGAGUUUGACGCGGGAUUGGCCAGUAGCGAGGUGGCUCCGCCCACUUCCGUGAUGUGUUACUCCGAGAAUACGGUCGCGUCGGACAACCAAACAAACGGCAACUCCUACUUCAUCAACUCCACCGCGGAGUACUACCCGAUGGAAAACGCUAGUCCAUCCGUACUUUUAGCCUCUGCCAACCAAUCUAACGAGCCCUACAUAGGGGACACCGCCUCCUAUCAAGACAGAGUCAAUGACUCCAGUAGGGUCAUGUCUCAGGGUCCCUUCAAUGUGACCGCUGACCAAUACACAGACUUCUCCCAGCAGCCCGAGCAGCCAUACGCCAAUCACCACUUGGCCGUGAUUGGCUGUUGCGCCCCAGAGCCGGAUAAAAGCGUCCAAUCCAAAGGGACCUUCGUCAGCCAAUCAGGAGAGCUGAACCAGAUGGAAUUCCAAAACUAUCUGAACAACAAUACGCAGGAUACAGGCUACAACGCCAACGGGAACUGUUACGUAGCUGAACAGCCAAAGGAGAUGUCUCGCAAUCUGCCCGACGUUUCGCUAGUGGACAACACAAAAGGACCUACUUUACUGGACGCUUUCCCCGAACCCACUCCGGUUUAGAUUAAGAAAGCGGCAAGAGUAUAAAAGCAGCCUUCGAUGUUUCAUUCUGACAAAUUUCCUGUUUGACGUUUGG